UUCAAUAUGGCGAACGCAGGACCAGCUCUCGCUUUUAUCGCUGUUAUUGCUGCGAUUGGAUUUAAUUUCUCUUUGCACAAAAUCGAAGAAGGUCAUGUUGGUGUUUAUUAUCGGGGUGGUGCGUUGCUUUCAUCGACCAGCAUACCUGGAUUUCAUGUGAUGAUACCAGUUGUGACAACAUUUCGUAGCGUCCAAGUCACCAUGCAAACGGAUGAAGUGAAAAAUGUACCAUGUGGAACAAGUGGCGGUGUGGUGAUUCACUUUGAUAGAAUUGAAGUAGUUAAUAUACUUAGUGCCAGUGAAGUCCACAAUAUCGUGAGAAACUUCACCGCGGACUACGACAAGACUUUGAUAUUUAACAAAAUCCAUCACGAAUUGAAUCAGUUUUGUAGCGCUCAUACCUUACAAGAAGUAUACAUCGAUCUUUUUGAUCAAAUCGACGAAAAUCUGCGAACUGCCAUUCAAAAAGAUUUAAAUGCGAUGGCUCCUGGGUUAUCUGUUCAGGCAGUUCGUGUUACGAAGCCAAAGAUUCCAGAAGCCAUUCGCAAAAAUUACGAGCUCAUGGAAGCAGAGAAAACGAAGCUGUUGAUUGCUCAGCAGAAGCAGAGAGUGGUCGAAAAAGAAGCCGAAACCGAUAGAAAACGUGCAGUCAUAGAGGCCGAGAAAGUCGCAUCCGUGUCGAAGAUUCAGUUUCAACAGAAAAUUAUGGAGAAAGAAAGCUUGAAAAAAAUGUCCGAAAUUGAAGAUGCCACAAAUCUUGCAAGAGCCAAGGCGAAAGCGGAUUCCGACUACUAUGCAGCCGUCAAGGCUUCCGAAUCUAACAAGCUGAAAUUGUCAAAGGAGUUCUUGGAACUGGAGCGCUAUCGGUCUUUGACGAACAAUUUGAAAGUGUACUUCGGCCCAAACAUACCGAGCAUAUUUUUACCAAAUAUGCCAGACCAAUUUUUAAAACAAGGCGGAGAGGAAGUCGACUCUCGAGGCUCCGACGCGCUUUGAACAAAGACUCUGUGUAGAAAUAUUCACAUAACAUAAUCUUCAUCCUCGGUUAUCUAUAGUCAUGACUAGUACAUUUUUGUUUUCCAUAGUGUAAAUCUUUGGGUAGAUUUUUUCGACAUGUUCUGCAUGCAGUGAAGGGUUACUGUAUAUGAUGACGGACGAAAGAGGCCGAGCAGUCUGUGUAAUGUUGUAGAUUUCGUCGCCCGUCAACGUUUUAGCUCUUCAGAACUGACUGAACUAAACCUUUUUUUGUUGUUAUGCGUUUAACCUCCACACGGAUCGAAUAAAUUUGAAUUAACGUCUUCAACAUUUACAAACAAAGAAUGAAUUCUCGACGAUGAAAGAAGGCGCUAGAAUUUGUCGGUUUGACAAGAAAGCGAUAAUUUUCAUAAUGUGUGGGCUUAAUUAUUAUGGCCAGUUCCACGAAGAAAGGAUAUCGCAGUCUACGAGAUUGCUAAUAUUUCUUUAUUAUGAAUUAUGGUAACUGGGAUUUAUUCUAUUUAUGAUAACGAUAGUGAUGAUUUUCAUGUUGUUAAUGAUAAUAAUCAUUAAAAGUCGCAAUCUGUUGUAUGGUUUCAUCGAA